UUCAUUGGAUAGAAAACUUACUCGAUCUUUUCCUUCAUCUCUCCCUUCCUCUUCACUAUUCCAACGGUGCAGAUCUAGAGGGAAGCAAUGGAUAGAAACACCUUGGGACAUAGCAACUUAUUAGAGGAAUUGAAGGAAUCAGUCAAGCAUACGAAGGGAAAACAAGAAGAUAGUUUUGGAGAGACAGCAAAGAAUGAUCAUGUUGAUCAUUCCGAUCUAGAAUCCUCAAACUUACCUGAUCCAGGAAAGAAAAACGUACCAAAAGAUUUGGAAGCUCUAGCUGGGGCUAAAAAGGAUGUACCUGAGGAAGUGGAAUUUAUUGAAAUGAAUUCCAAUGAUUUAGACAACAAGAUGAGGAGGAACAUUGGAAAGAGAAAUCGUCAAGAUGAUAAUGGGAGUAAAACAAAGAAAUCGUCUAAUCGUAAUGUGCAAGGUCACGGAACUAGUAGGUCCGUGAAAGGAAGGACAACAGAACUAACUCCAGAUCCUACUAAACACGCAAUGGGAAGGGGGGCAACCAGACUCACACUUCCUCACGGUUUUGUGUAGCUGUUAUUGGAGGAUUUGAUAUGUUAAGAAUUAGUCUGCACUGAAGUUUCUGAAUAUUGUGCAAUUGUUGCUGGAGUAUGUAACUUCUUCUGAAUUGGUGUCUUUGCCGAUGUUUUUGAAUAUGCUUCCUCAGUAGCCACCUUGAGAUGUUAGCAUUUGGUUUUAAAGUUGUAUUUUCAUUGUCAAGUACUUAAGUUCUUUAUUUAUCAAAUCAAGUAAUUUUGCAAAAA